UCCCUCCUGCUUGCUCCUUAAGAACGCUGCGCUGGCACUGCCCCCCUAACCGCGACCGUGCUGCCCCACUGGUCCGCUGGCUACCGUAGGUGCCAAAACGGGGACGGGCUCUCCUGCCCGCCCCCCUGCCUUUCCCGCCGCCGGCCACGCGCCCCCCCCCCGCGGCCCUCCCCCUUAGCCGGCUCCGGGCGCCAUUUUGGCGUCCUUUGCCCCUAUAAGAUACAUGCUGUUAGUGAGGGGUGAGUGUGUGAUGGAAAUGUUUGGGAGCAUGGAGGGUUGAGUGGGAUUAGUUAUAUGCUGGACAUGCUGUGUAGACAGGAGGAGAUGUGUGAGAGACAUGCUGUUAUUAAGCAGAUAGGAGCCAAGCAAGGGAAGUGCUGCGGGUGAGGCGGGGUACAUAUGAGAGACGGGCUGCGGGUGAGGGGUACAUAUGAGAGACGGGCUGCGGGUGAGUUGGGUAUGUGAGAAACAUGAUGUGGGCGAGCAAGAGGGGUUAGAUGAGGAAUAUGCUGCGGGUACGUCAUACUUAUGUAGUAUUGAAAACUAGCGUAGCAUCAGGGAGAUGAGCUAUUAGGGGAAAGUGCCGCUGGGUGAUGAGGGGGCGAGUCACGCGCCGCACACAGGGCGUAUAUAGCACCACAAUGACCACAUAUAGCUGUAUCUAUACUUAAAUGCUUGUUUUGGGAGAUAUUGCUAUACAACCUAUAAAAACAUAUUUCUAGACAAAUUACAAGUAUAGACGGUAACACUGACGCACUGCAGGCGGCAGGAGGGGAGUGUGAGGGAAUGCGCCAAUUCUCCGCAGCAGUUAUACAGCAUCACGUGGUGACGUCACUAGCAGCCCCGGGGGAGCGAUGUCCAGCGUUUUGAGCUACUGAAUAGAGAACGACCACCAUGUGAUCCCUACUCAUUGUUACCGCCUGGUAUCCGCCCACCUCCCCUCUGUCCCCGCCCAGGCUCCGCCCCCUUCAAAACGUUCCCUCACUCCUCCCCAUCCCAUUUAAGCCAGAACUAAACUCCUCCCCCUUCAUAAAUUCCCGCCCUCACUCCUCCCCAUGCCAGUCUUUCGCCCACUGACUUUCCCGGCCUGAGCACGGACAGGACACAACACUUGCUGCGGUGGAGGAGGCGACGGGACACGGGAGAGACGGGGACCGGCAGUGAGGUGAGCGCUGUGCCCGGGGUAUGAGAGACGCCUGCAGCCGCCAUACAAGGUAACUUAAGGAGCUGGAGUCCCACUAAGAAUAGAAGACAGGGCUGUGGAAAGAGACGGGAAAGGCUCCUUGUUCCCUGAUCUAGCCAACUAAAGAUAUAAUUUCUUCUUAAGCUUCUGAAUGGUUCAAAGAAACGAUUUUCAUUUUAUGGAUAGAAGUUUUUAUCCAUUUAAUGAUGAGUCUCACAGGAGAGAGACCACAUCUGUGUUCUGAGUGUGACAGAAGCUUUACAUAUAAAUCACAGCUUCUCAUACAUCAGAGGAGUCACACAGGAGAGAAACCACAUCUGUGCUCUGUGUGUGACAGAAGCUUUAAAAGUAAAUCAUAUCUUCUCAUACAUCAGAGGAGUCACACAGGAGAGAAACCACAUCUGUGCUCUGAGUGUGACAGAAGCUUUACACAUAAAUCAAAACUUAUCAUACAUCAGAGGAGUCACACAGGAGAGAAACCAUUUAAAUGUUCUGAAUGUAGCAAGUGUUUUUCCCAGAAGUCAUAUCUUCUCAUACAUCAGAAGAGUCACACAGGAGAGAAACCACAUCUGUGCUCUGAGUGUGACAGAAGCUUUACACAUAAAUCAAAACUUAUCAUACAUCAGAGGAGUCACACAGGAGAGAAACCAUUUGAAUGUUCUGAAUGCAGCAAGUGUUUUUCCCAGAAGUCACUUCUUCUUAUACAUCAGAGGAGUCACACAGAAGAGAAACCAUUUAUUUGUUCUGAAUGCAGCAAGUGUUUCUUCCAGAAGUCACAUCUUGUUAUACAUCAGAGGAUUCACACAGGAGAGAAACCACAUCUGUGCUCUGAGUGUGACAGAAGCUUUACAUGUAAAUCACAUCUUACCAAACAUCAGAGGAGUCACACAGGAGAGAAACCACAUAUGUGCUCUGAGUGUGACAGAAGCUUUACAUGUAAAUCACAUCUUCUCAAACAUCAGAUGAGUCACACAGGAGAGAAACCAUUUGUAUGUUCUGAAUGCAGCAAGUGUUUUCCCCAGAAGGCACCGCUUGUUAUACAUCAGAGAGUUCACACAGGAGAGAAACCAUUUGAAUGUUCUGAAUGCAGCAAGUGUUUUUCCCUGAAGUCAGAGCUUGUUAUACAUCAGAGGAGUCACACAGGAGAAAACCCAAUUAUAUGUUCUGAAUGCAGCAAAUGUUUUACCAGAAAGUCAUAUCUUGUUAUACAUCAGAUGAUUCACACAGGAGAGAAACCAUUUAAAUGUUCUGAAUGUAGCAAGUGUUUUUCCCAUAAGUCAUUUCUUAUUCGACAUCAGAGGAGUCACACAGGAGAGAAAUAAUUUAUAUGUUCUGAGUGCAGCAAAUGUUUUUCCCAUAAGUCAUAUCUUGUUAUACAUCAGAGGAGUCACACAGGAGAGAAACCAUUUACAUGUUCUGAAUGUAGCAAGUGUGAAAACACUCAGUAAUCACAUGCGGAGUCACUCUGAGGGCCUGAAUGCAGCUUGUGUAUCAUAAGUAAUGUAACUUAUCACAACUGUAUGAAUUCAAUGGAACCAAUAUCUAUUUUCUGAAUGUGACAAGUGUUUUAUAUAAAUCAGUCUUGAUAAAGACAGGAGAGGUCUGACAAGUGGACCUGGAGGUACUUUUCCCCUUGGGAAGGUCUCUGUGUUAGGAACUAGAGCUGCAGUAUAACAAUAGUCAAUGACCGUGGGACUGCCAUUACUGAGCUCUGUAAUAUACAGCUGUUCUGCUCAUGCAGGUGCUGGGACUAGUAGAGAGUUCCAGCAGCUCCUCUCAGUACUGGGAUUCCUUCUCUGACCAGCAGGGUUAUGAGUGCUGGGUAUUUCUACAGGAACAAUGUAUGCUGCUCUGUUUCACCGUAUGGGUUAUUGUACGGGGUGUUAUUUUUAACCACUUUUUAGAUGCCAUUUUGUCCAUGUUUAACUCCAUUUUGUAUAUGUAUGACCUUAUUGCUUUAUAUACUGUACAUACUUUUUAUUAGGAUUAGUGCUUUGCAGACAUAUAGGCACCAGUUAGAAAUAUAGUGUCACGUUAAGUUACAAGUUUUCUUUCACCUUUGACAUAGUGUGAAAGACAUAGUGAGUGGGAAGUGUAUACAGCUUUUAGGAUGGCUGAUUAUAAUAAAUAUAUGUUCCUGUUA